AUGCCAAAGGAUCGGAAACAGGCCCUGGCCAAAGCCACCGCCCGGGGCCAAUCUCAAGCACAUGCACCAGCAACGUCACAGUCAUCAUCAUCAUCAUCAUCCCAGCAACGGCAACAACAAGACACCCAACAACCACCAGCAUGGCCCGUCUUCAAGCCUCCCUUGCCUGUAUCCGAUCUGUCCCUCGACACCAUAGUGCCGGGUAAGGUCGUGGUCCUGCACAACUUCUUCCCGCGCUCGCUGUGCAGGGACUACGUAGCCUUCCUCAAGACCCUGCCCCUCGUCACGACUCCCGUCCGUCCCAAGAAGGGAGAGGCGGUCAGGCAGAACGACAGGUUCCAGGUCAACGACCCUGACUUUGCCGCUAGGCUCUGGCUGCAGACGGGCUUGAAGGAGGCGUUGACUGGUAGACCUGGUGAUGAUUAUGAUGGUGGUGAUGAUGAUCGUGAUCACGAUGACGAUGCAGCUGACGGGCGCCUCAGUCUUUGGGGCGGGAAUGUAGUAGGACUGUCGCCCAACAUCCGUGUAUAUCGCUAUACCAAAGGUCAACAUUUUGCACCACACUACGACGAUUCCAACACGUUCACCCUAGAUCCUGCCCCCACCCGAUCGCAAGAUUCCGGGACCAGCAGUAGCACCAUCAGCAACCCACUAUCUGUUGCCGUCAGAACUACCUGGACCCUUCUCCUCUACCUUACAGGCACGGCAGGAGGCGAUGAUCAGUGCAGUGGCGGUGAGACCGUCUUCUACCCCAACGAUCGCGUCAGCAGAAAGGAGGAGAUUGCUGUGGCACCUCAAACAGGUCUCCUUCUCCUUCACAAACAUGGUAACGACUGCAUGCUGCACGAGGGAAGAGAAGUAACCAGUGGAGAGAAAUGGGUCAUCAGAAGCGAUCUAUGUGUUGCGAAAUGA